AUGGAGAACAACCGCUGCUUCGCCAACAGGUUUGCGGACUUCCAAGGCGGCCUGCUGCCGGGACAAGGCGCUGAGACCAUUGUCCCCGCUGUGGUCUCCACAGUGGACAAGAUCCUGAAGAAGGUUCCUCUGGAUGUGGCGGACUGUGAUGGAGGGCUGUAUGACGGUCCCGCAGGGGUGGCCUACAUGCUGUUCCACGUCAGUGAGUGUCCGCUCUUCUCUCAGCAGAGGGACGCGUACUUGAAGACGGCCAAGCUCAUCAUCGACACGUCGGUGAGGUCCGCGGACGCGGAGCCGGAGAAGAGCAUGCGCGCCGCCUUCCUCCUCGGAGGCGCAGGGAUCUACGCCGUGGCGGCGAUGGUCUACAAGGCUCUGGGGCUGGCAGACUUCGUCAAACCCUUGACCAAAUUUCGCAACCUGUGGGAGGUGUGUGCCCCCAUCCAUUUCCUGGAGUGCGGCUCUGAUGAGCUGUUCGUGGGGCGCGCUGGAUACCUGUGCGCGGCUCUGGUGCUGAGGCAGAAACUGGGCAUCGAGAUCCUGAGCAAAGAUCAAAUUAAAUCCAUCUGUCAAGCAAUCAUUGAGUCUGGAAAACAGUACGCACGGAGGAAAAGGAAGCCCUUCUCUCUCAUGUACUCAUACUAUGGGACGGAGUACUUAGGCGCAGCCCACGGCCUCUCGUCGGUGCUGCAGAUGCUGCUCAGUUACCAGGACGUGCUGAGUGCCGUGGAGAAGGACCUGGUGUGGCAGAGUGUGGACUUUCUGAUGAACCAGGAGCAGAACUGUAACUGGCCGGCGGAACUGGGAGCCAUCAUUGAGAGGGAGAACGAGCUGGUACACUGGUGUCAUGGAGCGCCAGGUGUGGCGUACCUCUUUGCUAAAGCGUACCUCAUCAAUAAGAAGCCGCAGUACCUGGACACUUGUAUUCGCAGUGGGGAGCUGGUGUGGCAGAAAGGGCUGCUGAAGAAAGGUCCUGGCAUCUGUCACGGUGUGGCAGGCAGCGCUUAUGUGUUCCUUCUGCUCUACCGCCUCACGGGGAACUCCAAAUACAUCUAUCGCGCUCAGAGGUUUGCAGAGUUCAUCUUCACAGAGGAGUUUAAAUCCGGCUCCCACUCUGUCACAAGUAUCUACAGUUUAUUUGAAGGCCUCUCUGGGACCGUCUGCUUCCUGGUGGACCUGCUGCAGCCGGACCAGUCCGAGUUCCCGCUCUUCAGCAUCUUUGUGUGA